AUUAAAAUAGCGUGUACCAUAAGCAGCCUUCCGUCAGUUUCAAAAAUUUCUUUUGGGGUUUUGGUUUCUUUCCCUCUCAGGCCAAGAAACUGAAGCGACUCGACUCUCUUCUUUCGUCUCCACUCCUGUUAAUUCUGCAUUAUUGUGUCUCGCGAAGUAUAGGAAAUUUUGAGGAAUCUAGCAAAAUUAGUCCAUAAUUGGUGGUUGACAGGUGCAUGAUGGAAAGCGAACCAUUUAGCCUGGUAGAUGGGGUUGGUUUGGGAUUGGGAGGUACUGUAUUCUUGGUCCAGGGAACCACAAUCAUAAUGAUAAAGUGCAUAGAUGGCAUCCUUGUCGCAACAGAUGGGUUAAUUUUCAAAGUUUUGGCUGAUAAAGAAGAGGAUGCCGGACAGAAAAAGAGUGAUGCUCUUGAUACAAGAGCGUAUAAAGUGGAGUACAUAGGCGAUCCUCCAUUUAUGCUAACAACUGCAAGUGGAACUACUGUUUGGUUCCGUUCCAUGUUGGAAUCAUUGAAAGAAAGGAUGAAAGGUAAAGAGUGGAAUAUUGAGAAGUGUGCUGAUCAUGCCAAAACUGUCUUAAGCCAGAAAAGUUUUACUCCAAAGAAUUGUGAAAUUCCAAAGGAUGUGAACAUCAUGGAUUAUGGAUGCACCAUACUAUUUGCAAGAUAUGCACCAAACCCCAAUCAACCGGCUUCCAUGAUUCCUUGCAUAAUGUUGGUAAGAAAGGAUGAAAUAGAGGAUAUUAAAGAACCGUAUAUCUGCGUAGGAUCAGGUAGUGGAUUUGCCAAAACAUUGCUUGAGGGGAAGGACUUCAGUAAUUGGAAGAAAGAAGUUGUUGUCCGUUUUCUAGAAGAAACAAUGGUUCUUAUUUCCAAAAAGGAUGUACGCACCGGAGGAGAUAUAGCAAUAUACUACAUCAGCUCCAACAACUCCAUUAGUCCUGUUUAUCAACCUUUCAAAAGUGUUGUGCUACUAGAAAUGGAGCAUAAUCAUGAUAAAGAACGUCAAGAGAUGGCUGAAGCUAAGAGGGCUUCAAAGAGGUCAAGAAAAACUGAGAGAGCUCCAAAGAAGAAAAGAAAAACUUGGAAAUUUUAAAUUUGGGAGUCACCGGCAUCUGCUAAGUUAGGGAUAUUAAAAUCUAAAGUUUUGUUGCAGUUUCACCCUUUAGAGUUGAGACCCUGCGUCUACAGGUAGAGGGAUUAUAGGCUUUUGUGACUAAGGAAUACGGGUGACUCUGCACACCUUCGGGAUGGUUACAGUCACCAGUUUCUUUUUGUUUUUUUACAUCACCUGUUACUACUGCUACUACUUAUUCGUAGAGCACCAGAGGCAAAUACUAAGUUUCUUUUGUUCUGAUUCAA